AUGUCCAAACCCGUCGCCAUCGUCACCGGUGCCGGUUCCGGCAUAGGCCUCGGCGUAGCCACCCACCUCUACAGCAAAGGCUACAAAGUCGUCAUCGCCGACCUGAACCCCAAAACAGGCGAGGAAGCUGCGCGCUCACUAGGCCCAGACGCGCUCUUCGUUCAAGUCGACGUCGCGUCAUACGCCUCGCAGGCCCGCCUAUUCAAGCGCGCCUACGAAUGGGGCGGCAACCGGCUCGACUUCUGCCAUGCAAAUGCUGGGAUUGACGACAGGCAGCUGCUGUAUGACCCGAUGGAGAAAGAGGAGGUGGAUGAGGAGGGUCUGGUGAAGCCGCUGAAUACGAAGAGCAUGCAGGUCAAUCUCGAGGCGGUGAUCCAGGGGCUGUGGUUGUUUAAGUAUUACGUUAGGAGGAGCAAGGAGGCGGGUGGGGGAAAGGGGAAGUUUGUUGCGACGAGUAGUGCAGCCGGGUUGUAUUUCAUGACGCAGAACCCGCUGUAUACAGCGUCGAAAUACGGCGUUGUGGGUUUCGUGCGCGCUGCUGGCCCCGUCAUGGUUAAGGAGGGUAUUACGGUGAACGCGAUCUGCCCCGGCUUCAUACCCACGAACCUCUGCCCGCCGCAGAUCCUGAAGGUCUGGCCGAAGGAGCAUAUCACGCCGAUGUCGACCGCUAUUAAAGCUAUUGAUGCGUUUUUGGGCGAUGAUGCAAUGAGCGGGGAGACUGUGGAACUGAGUCAAGAUACAAUCUACUUUAGGAAGCCGGUGGAGUGGGCGAAUGAGAGCCAGAAAUGGAUUGGGACGGAGAGCUUGAGCAUUUGGGAUGAGGCGUAU